CUACAUGUUGAAAAUUACAACUUAUAGCGUUGAUAAAUUCGUCUACAUUCUAAAGAGUUCGAAUCUUUAUAACAGAAUUGUAACAGCUUCAAACAACCUUUAACUACCUCCAAACAGUUACAAAUUAACUGUUAGUCACAACAGUCCUCUAACACAACACAUCAGAUUCUAUAUAUAUGAGUGAGUCUCUUUCUUGAUGUGGUCGACUACAACUGGACAAAAUCACUCUACAAUACAAGAACACUAAAGAAGAGACUAAGAACCAGAUUCGUAGGAGGUUCAUCAAUGGCUACCACUGAGGCUGAAAAUGAGAAACCAGUCAUCGUGGUUGGAAUCGACAAUGGUGAGCACAGCUCUUAUGCUCUGGAGUGGACUCUCGACCACUUCUUCGUUCCUUUUGCUCCCAACUAUCCGUUUAAGCUCAUUCUCACCUACGCCACGCCUCCGCCAUGCAUUGCCGUCGGUAUUGGCAUAACCGUGAUGUACCAGCUGUCUGUGGAAAGUGAUUUGGCAAAGAUCGCUGCGCAAGUAAGAGAGAAGGGUGAGAGGAUCUGCGCCAGUAAAUCGGUGAAUGACGUUGUCGUGGAGAUUACUGAAGGAGAUGCUCGUACUGUUCUAUGUAAAACUGUAGAGAAGCAUCAUGCAUCUAUCUUGGUUGUGGGCAGUCAUGGCUAUGGAAUGAAGAGGGUGAUUUUGGGCAGCGUCAGUGACCAUUGCGCUCACCAUGCUAAAUGCUCCGUGAUGAUUGUGAAGAAGCCUAAAAUCAAGCAUUAAGGGUUUCAGACUGGAAAUUGCCACUUCAGUCUUCAACUAUUGAAUUUGUAUUUCACAAUUUGGAACUCUUUCAUGAAAGCUUUCUUUGUUUUUGCUUGUUAUUAGUAAUUUCUUUAGGAAAUGGGCUUGUAUUUCACACGACUAAGCUUACUUCUUUCUUUACAAUAAAAUGAUCUUUGUGUACA